CAGGUGUGUGUCGCCUAGCCAGGCGAUUAGAUUAGCUCUCCAGCAUCCAGUUAGCCCCUUGACUCAACUAAUUCUUCAUUCUAUGUUGCGGUGGGUUAGGUGAAGUCAAAUGCACCAAGUUGACUAGCGGACAGUUUACUUUUUAAGUUCCAUAAGAGUAGUGCAACCAGAUACUCGCAAAAAUCAUAUAAUCUCUUAAACGUGUGAUAUUUAAGUGCUGUUACGAAUAAGUUAACUAGGAUUAUGAAGUUUUCAAUAAUUUUGUUAUUAGUUUACGGGUUUACAUUGGCGAAUUCCGAAGAAGUUCCGAAGAAGCGUGAAAAAAGGACAAUUAUAUUAGGAACAUUUUUAAAGGCGUUGAUUUUGAAAGAAGCGGCCUUAGGUGCGGCGUUGCGUUUUGUUGAGUCACCUCAAAAUUUCACUGGGUUUUUUGGACCACCACCACCACCAAUAUCUAGAGCAAGAAGCGGUCAAUUGAGAAAUGGUGGACGCAUGCAACCUGGAAGGAUGCAACAAAAUGGACAACCAGCAAUGAAUGGUAACGGGCAGCAACAAAUGAUAGCACAACCCGCUAUGAUGGCUGGUAAUAAUGGGGGGCAAUCGCAAAUGAUGCAAGGAAGCGGACAACCUCAAAUGAUGAACGCUGGCGGACAACCAGAUAUGAUGGCUGGAGGUGGACAAAAUGGAAUGAUGAAUGGCGGAGGACAACCCGAAAUGAUGCAAGCUGGAGGACAAGCUGGGAUGAUGGCUGCAGGAGGUCAAGCAUCCAUGAUGGAUACUGGAGGACAAGCUGGGAUGAUGGCUGCAGGAGGUCAAGCAUCAAUGAUGGAUAGUGGAGGACAACCAGCCGGAGGUGGACAAGACCAAACGAACGGCCCACCUCCUAUGGAUCAACAAAAUGCGCAACCUCCAAUGGCGCAGCAAAACGGACAAACUUCCAUGGCACAGCAAAACGAUCAACCCCCAGCAAUGCAAGCUCCAGCCGCUGAUCAACCUCAAACAGCGCAAGAUAACGCACAACCUCAACAACCAGAUGCAAGUCAAGGUCAAGGAGCAGCCGCUGGAGGAGGGCAGCCUCAAGCCCAAGACCAAGGAGCAGCCGGUGCGGGAGAUCAGCCUCAAGGUGGCACACAAGAUCAAGGAACAGCUGGUGCAGGAGGGCAAGCUCAAGCUGGAUCUGACGGCCAAAAUCAAGCAGCCCCACAAAAUGGUCAGCCAAAUAGUGGACAGUCCCCAGAAGCAGCAGCAGCUGGUCAACCUCAAGCAGCCCAAGGCGGCGCGCAAUCCCCUGCACCUGAUGCAGGUCAAGGCCAAGGAGCAGCCGAUGCUGGAGGACAACCUCAAAGUGGAUCUAAUGACCAAGCAGGUCCACAAGCCGAUCAGAACCAAAAUGCGCAAGCAGGAGACCAAACUCAAGCACAACCAGCUGGCGAUCAGCAACAGGCAGAUGGUGGUGCCCCACAGUCGGCUCCCGCGGAUAAUCAACAACAAGCUCAGCCUCCUCCAGAUCAAGGUCAAAAUACCCCAACUGCACAAGGUGGAAACUCCCUCGAUGGAGCAGUUGGUGGUCCGUCUGGUCCUCAACAGCCUGGCCAGCAAAUAGACCAAACCACUGCGCCAGGAGGACCUCAACUAAACGGAAAUGUUGGUGCCACUAAUUUCAUCACGGGACCUGGUGUAGACCUCAGCAGCCAAGCUCCAUUCACCGCGACAGGUAUUGGCGGAGUACCAAAUCCAGCUCUAGCGUUCACUGGCCAAGGCCUUCCAAACAAUAUCGGUAGAACCCAAGUGUUUGGAGCUAAUAAUAUCGCUCCUCAAACGGCUCAAAGUUUUAUGAGUCUCCCGAACGGAUUACAGUUUAUGAACUAUCAUCAACCGAACGACCACUACUUGCCUUCAAGUCAACCGCAUCUAUCAAGUUUUCAUAAUUUUGAAGUAUUUCCUCGAAAUUUCCGCUAUCACUUUUCUUAUUAAAACUAUCUAUUAUGUGUAUAUUCUAGUUUAUAUCAUUGGACAUAAGAUAAAUAAUUUAUCCAUUUCAUAACCGGAAUUGGCCAUGAUGGCGGCGAAUGAGUUGUACCCAAAAAUGAUUGGCAUCAAAAUUUACCAUAGUAAAAAAGGCGUAGAAAAGAACGGAAAGAUUUUGAUUUCAAAAUUCGAUUAAUAUGCAACGGAAAAAUUUAAAUAUCUUAUUCAGAUUUGGGUUAGUAUCUAGACAGAUAUUGUGCAACUUAUGUGCCUGCGAGCUAGAAUUAACUUUCACUUAUUUAUGUUUUGUGUAAUAUUCAAGAUCGCAAACCGUUUAGUGUUAUGAGUUCCAUUGUUUCUGAAAUUAAUGCUGACAUUGUGCUUAUUUAUUACUCCUUCUAAAUUAUUCUCAAUAAAAACUACAUUACAAAUUA